AGAUGAUUUUUAUAGUGUUUCUUUUAUAUUCAAUUAAUGUUACAGACGGACGAGAAUAGCUUCCUGCUUCGGUUGAAGAUAAUAGGAGCAUAUUCUUUGGCCAAAAAAGACAUUUUCGGUGCUAGCGAUCCAUAUGUCCGCGUCGAGCUGCAGAAAGCAGACGGUGACGUCACACUGGAAACUUUCCUGACGAAAACUAAGAAGAGGACUUUAAACCCAGUAUGGAAUCAGGAGUUUGUAUUUCGGGUGAAGCCGCAAGAGCAGAAGCUGCUCAUCCAGGUGUUCGACGAGAACCGUCUCACGCGCGACGACUUCCUCGGCAUGGUGGAGGUGCCGCUGGCGAACGCGCCGUACGAGAGCGCGGCGAGCGCCCGCCCGCCCGUCACUAAGUACCCACUGCGCCCGCGCAGGUCUGUCGCGCGUUCCCGCGUGCGCGGCUAUAUCGAGGUGUACCACGCGCUGGUGGGGCGCGUCGGCGAGCGCGACGCGGAUGCGCCCGCGCAGCCCGCGCACCCCGCCCCGCCCGCGCCGCCCGACGGCUGGGAGAUGGUCGAGAGCCCGCCGCAGGUGGGGCACGUGCAGCCGGUGUUCGCGGGCACUGUACCAACUUUGACCGGGGAGGAUGACUGGGUAGUAGUCGACGCAACGCAAUUGCCCUUUACGAUAGGGGGGGACCCGCUGCCGCCCGGCUGGGAGGAGCGGCAGGACGCGAACGGGCGCACGUAUUACGUGAACCACGUGGCGCGGUCCACGCAAUGGGAGCGGCCUUCGCUCGCUUUCACACGCAAUAUGAGCACGGAGUCUCAGGCCGAGCGGAUGGAAACGGCUGCGACCGAGUUCCAACGUCGUUUCCACAUCUCGGCCGACGACGAGCACAACCAGUCGAACACGCAGACACACGAGGAAACGAACGAUAGGCCAGCGGAAAGCGCAGCCGACUCUAGUGAGGCGACCGCUGAGGAUAGUGUCGAGACGAAUGACGCGAGAGACGAGAGCGCGGAAGCCACGCCCUUCUCCACGCCGGCUCGCACGCCGGAUGCGGCGGAGCGGACCGAAUCAGUGCCUAAUUCUACUAAUGACUGUGAUACUAAUGUAAGGGAUGAUAGAAACGAAGAGGAAGACGUAGUCUGCGCGAACGAAACGAGCGAAAGCGCGACGGAACAAAGGGAACGAGCUAACGGAGCGCCCCAACUAGCUCUUAAAGCUCAAGCGUCCAGCGACAGCAUCGAGGUCGUCGACAACGAUAACGAUAACGAUAACGAAAACGAUAACGACAACGUGUCUCCAAACAGCAGCCAAGACAAUAAUUCAGACACGGACACCAUAGAAAUAGAGUUGCGGCCGGCGGUCGACGAGAUCAUUAUAACUAGUCCGGAGGAGACGCAGCGAGAGAUAGACGCGGCGGACGGGGGAGCGGGAGGGGGGAGGGAGAGGAGCGAUGAGACGGGCGACGAGUCGGCGGAGUCUCUGACGUUCGAUGAGAACCAUUUCAGUACCCCCACCGGGGGCGUGACCCCCGAGCGGCGGGGCUCCGCGGAGCGGCGCCGCCGGAGGACCACGGCGAGCUCCAUGAGCUCUGAGGACGAAACGGACAAUUCGUCAGACAGUACUCGGAGUAGCAGCGCCAGCAGCACGCAGAGUCAAAACCUGCCCAAUAGUGAUGGAUUGCCUCCCGGCUGGAGCAUGCAGCGCGCACCGAACGGGAGGAUUUUCUUCAUCGAUCACAACAACAAAACCACCACCUGGGUGGAUCCUAGGACGGGUUGCGCAUCUAGCCUACCCAGCACGUCAGUUCGCUCGGAGGGUGGGGCCGCGGGGGCGGGGGCCGGGGCGGGGGCCGAGGGCGACGCGGACGAGCUGGGGCCACUGCCGGAGGGCUGGGAGGAGAGGGUGCACACGGACGGGCGGAUCUUCUUCAUUGAUCAUAACACCCGCACGACGCAGUGGGAGGACCCGCGGCUGUCGAACCCGCAGAUCGCGGGCCCGGCGGUGCCCUACUCGCGCGACUACAAGCGCAAAUACGAAUACCUCAAGAGCCAGCUGCGUAAGCCGAGCAACGUGCCCAACAAGUUCGAGAUCAAAGUGCGCAGGAACUCGAUACUGGAGGACUCGUACCGUAUCAUCAGUUCCGUGAGCCGAGUGGACCUGCUCAAGACGAAGCUCUGGGUCGAGUUCGAAUCCGAAGUGGGGCUCGACUACGGCGGCCUGGCGCGCGAGUGGUUCUUCCUGCUGUCGAAGGAGAUGUUCAACCCGUACUACGGGCUGUUCGAGUACUCCGCGAUGGACAACUACACGCUGCAGAUAAACCCCAACAGCGGCGUGUGCAACGAGGAGCACCUGAACUACUUCAAGUUCAUCGGCCGGGUGGCCGGCAUGGCGGUCUACCAUGGCAAGUUGCUCGACGCAUUCUUUAUCCGUCCAUUCUACAAAAUGAUGCUCGGCAAGCCAAUAGACCUGCAGGACAUGGAGUCGGUCGACUUGGAGUAUUAUAAUUCGCUCAUGUGGAUUCGGGACAACGACCCGUCGGAGCUGUACCUCACGUUCGCGGUGGACGAGGAGCAGUUCGGGAAGACCUACCAGCGCGAGCUGAAGCCGAACGGCGCCAACAUAUCCGUUGACGAGGAGAAUAAGGACGAGUAUAUCAAGUCAGUGAUAGAGUGGCGCUUCGUGCGGCGCGUGCAGGAGCAGAUGAACGCGUUCCUGGAGGGGCUGGGCGCGCUGGUGCCGCCGGCGCUGCUGAAGAUCUUCGACGAGCACGAGCUGGAGCUGCUGCUGUGCGGCAUCCAGCGGAUCGACGUGCGCGACUGGCGCGCCAACACGCUCUACAAGGGGGACUACCACGCGAACCACCUCGUGGUGCAGUGGUUCUGGCGGGUGGUGCUGUCGUUCUCGAACGAGAUGCGGUCGAGGCUGCUGCAGUUCGUGACGGGCACGUCGCGCGUGCCGAUGAACGGCUUCAAGGAGCUGUACGGCUCCAACGGGCCGCAGCUGUUCACCAUCGAGAAGUGGGGGGAGCCCGACAACUACCCGCGCGCGCAUACCUGCUUCAACCGAAUCGACCUACCGCCAUACGAGAGCUACCAGCAGUUACGCGAGAAGCUCAUAAAGGCCAUCGAGGGAUCGCAGGGCUUCGCCGGCGUCGACUGAUCGCCUUGUUGCUCUUGUUGCUCCCUUUGCUCCUGUUGCUGACUCAGUGGGGCUCGUUGCUGCUGCUGCGACAUUUGUAAAUGCUGACGUGGGGCGUGUUGCAACUGUGAUGUUGUGAAAGUUGUUGCUGUUUGAUAGUCGCAGUGAGAAUUAUGCAACGACUGUUGUCCAAGAUGGUGUGACAGUUGCUGCAGCUGUUGCUACUGUUGCUAUUACGUUUAACUUCACAGGAAUGUCAAUAAAUAUUGCAGAACAUCGGUUGAUCUUUCCGUUACAUUAAAUGUCGAUUGUUGCAACAAUUGCUGCAAUUAUUGCUCUCAUUGUUUUAUUACAAUUAGCGUUCUUGUUGCAUACACCGUGACAGCUACGGCAGUAGCACCUGUUGCAUUUACUGCUGUUGCUAUCGUUCCCUUUGCUGGUCGUUGCAGUUGCAACAGUGGCGCCACGUUGGUUGCGAACGCCAUCCAUACAGACACACGCCUUAACUAGUUAAGUAUAGCUAUACGGCACUUAGGGAUGCUUAAGCGCGGUUAAGUUUUAUCUUACUGGACUUUAAUGCCAUUCUGAUUUAUGUGAUCUUGAGAGUGCUUAUCGAGUAUUUUGUACGCGUUUUUAAACUUUUUUUCCGAUUUGUGACAACCCUGCUGCUAGGGCUGUCGACCUCGAUGUGGUUUUGUAGUCUUUGCUUGUAUUUGUUUGUUUUAAUUGCCGUACGUAAUAUAUUUUUCUCAUAGCUGUGAAUCAACUGCCUUUUGGUUUGAGUAUUUUUUAAAGAAUAGAAAAAAUCUUUGAUCACGAGUCGGGAUUCGAACCAGCGUUAAUUAGUCGAACCGUUGCCACGUUGUUUGCCACGACGUUGGCGUGUUUGGUUUUAUCUUCAGUUUUUGAAUACUUAGAAAUCAUCAAAUAAUAAGAUUUUUAAUUACGUAAAUUAGCCAUUAUAAAACUCUAUGAAUGAGUAUAAUAUAAUUUUUUUUUAUUUACAUGAAAGGACUACAAAAUCCACUAACUCUAAAAUCUAUAAAAUAUAAUAAAUUUUGCUCAUUUAUGUAAUUUAUUGCGUGUCCACUAUAUUUGUAUAUGUAAAUAGAAAUUUCGACGCAUGCGCAGCGGUUGUUCCGUCCAAGGUUCGAUGCUCGGCUCACGCGUCCAAAUUCUCUAGUCAAUUUCGGCUUAAACUUAAAUUUGCAUAUUGUUAAGUGAAAUAAAAACAACAUCUCUCAUAUAAUGUGCUCCUGGCCUUUAUAUUAUUUUUUAACCGACAAAAAAUAAGGAAGUUUUGAACUAGACGGUUUUAUUUGGCGCCUCCCUCCCCAUGGACGUGGGUUUUGUAGAAAAGUAUCUUUACUAUGGCAAUAGAAAUGUUAAUAUAACUCUAUGAUGUUUCACAUCGCGUCAAAAUAUUAAAUGAUUCUCAUUGGCUUUCACACAAAUUUUAACUUUAUUACACUCGUUUGUGUAUAAUUUUCUCACAGUGUCAAUUAUAAGUCUUCUAAAUAACGACAAUUUUAAACAAAAAAACCCGAAACCGAAAAAAAAAAUCUCUUAUCGCUAUUCGCUUCACUUAAAAAGUAAAAGAUAUUUGACAACGAAUAAUCAUGAAAAAAUAAAUAAAAAGGUAUAAUAUUUGCUCAUUGGAAUUACACGGAGGAGUCAAAGAGUUUAUUUUAUUGUUUUUCCUCCAUCCAAAAUAUAUAACUGGCACGCCGUAUUCCCAAUUACAUUGUCAAAUCGCAAAUAUAAGGACAUGAUACUGAUCUGACUGUUACGAUUCAUCAUUUUUAGACACCCCAUAAAUCCUGAAUUUAACCAGACAUUUUCUUUCCGUCGAAUUCCAUAAUGUAACGAAUAAAUCGCGUUUUAAAUCCGUGAAAAAGUCUUAAAUCUUUUAAUUAUACUCUCGUGAACAAUUGCUAAAAUAGAAAAAUAGAAGUGCAUAGAGAAACGGAAUGCAAUCACUGUGCCUAAUCAAAACACAAUGCAAUAAAUACGAAUACAUGAUUGUGUUCACAGCAAUCCAUAAGUGUCUUAUGAUAUAUUAGAAAUAUAUUUAAACGUGUUAGACACGUUCCAAACGGUUCUAUGCAAUGUUAUCAAUGGGAGUUGAUACAGUUGUUUAAUAUUAAAAAAUAUAAUAAAUGAAAAUAUAACUUGGUGAACGUGUAGGUUCUCUAAAUGUGAUUUUGAGUUAAAUUGUUCCGAACGAACAGAGAAAUAAACUCAUCUCGUAAUAAUGGGAGUAAAGACAUAUAGAGUGUAAAGUCCGUUCGCUUCGCUAGUUGGCUUCACGCAUUCUAUCAAAGUAUUAGCAACAUAUGUUUUUUUACAGUGAGGUAUAAUGUUUGAUAUUAUGGUUACAAACUCUUAUAUAAGCAUUUUUGAGUAUAAUUUUUUGUUUUAUUGGUUUUGUUACGAAGCGAUUUCCCAUUGGUAACAUUGGAUUAAAACCCUUGUAUAAAACUAUUCGAUUAUUUAACGAAAAUCAGCGCACCUGUAUCUUAUAUACCUUGUGCUUUAUUUAUUUUUAAUAUUAUAAUAAAAAAUAUUAUUAUUUAUUUACAUUUCUAUUUAUUAUUGUUGCUUUAUCGUGGUCAGUUAAUAAACUUAUAACAUUCUCAAUAUUAAUUAUUUCCAACGUGUCAUUAUAUUUAAGUUAUAUUUAAUGGUAAUGUAUAAUUUAAAUUGCUUUCGCUUCGAGUUAAUUUACAAUGUUUGUAUGUAUGUCCCGUUGUACGGCGGGAAGGUGAGGUUAGGUUAGUGCACUGUAUAUACUGUAGGUAGAUCGUUUUAAGAUAUUGCUAGGUGAUCCAUAAAAUGGACGAAGGAAUAAAUUGAGCAAUUUGUAUUUAUUUUAGUGGUAUCUCUAUUUUUACUAAAGUAUUGUCUAAGUUCGUUUUGGUUAUAGUUUUAUAUCAAUAAAAUAUCUAAUUCACGGUUUUGCUAAUAAAGAAAUGUGCUCUGGAACGCGGGGGAACAGAGGCGAUUUUGCAUUGAUGGCAUUUCGCCUGUGAAUUUGUUAGAACAUGCAUCAGAUACACGAAUUAUGUGUGCGUAAGUGGUGACGGAGCAUUAUUCGUGAAUUGGGCGAAACCUGUUUAACUCUCGCUGAUUUAAAUGUAGUAUUCUAGAUAUUGCCAUAUAUUUUAGUUUUUUAGUCGAAUAAGACUGGUGUCUUUUUUACUGUGCUACAUUAUGAAAUUAUAAAAUGUGCUAAGAGACUGUUUUGAUCAAACAAAUGGAACAAAUAUUGAAAUUAUUUCGCUUAUGGCCGGUGUUUUUUUUUGCAAUUUGUACGUCAAUUCUUUUUUUGCUAUUUUUUUAUUUUAUUAGCCAGGGUUAAACAGAUAACUUACAGUUUUUUUUUUCAUUGUAAUAACACGCAACGCCACGUCAUGCUUUGAUUUUUUUAUCCUACGUGAGAAUAGACAAGCAAUAAAAAUAUGGUGUUGAAGCGUGUUGCCUUUAAUAAUUUUAUACAGCGCAAUUUAUAUUCUAUUAGAAUUAUUGUUUGAAUUAUAUUAUCUAUUCUCUAUACUUUAUGGUUGAUUUUCCCUCCAACCUAUAUUGUAAUCUUAUUUUAAACAUAGAUAAUAGAUACGAUUCUAUUUUUUUUUAAUUAAUUUUAGAAUAAACAUAUAAAUUGCGUUGUAUGGACGUGGGAGAUAUUAUAGUAUGUAUGAUAUAUAAUUUUUUUUUUUAUUAGAACAACCGUAUUGCUAGUUGAGUUAUACAAUUAUAUUAUAUUAAAUUGUGUACAUAUAACAUUGAUAUUGCAAGAUUCAUGAAAAUAAAAGUUAUCGAUUACA